AUGCCGCUCCUCCCGCAUCUCUACACUCCCCGCCACGCCGCCACAUCAACAUCCUCCACAUCCGAUAGCCGCAUCCUCGACUCCCGGCAGCUACGCGACGCCGCGACCGAAGCAAUGCACACCCUAUCCGACACAUCGCAUCGCAUAUUGAAGAGAAUACCACACCUCCUACAAUCCCGCCAAAGUGACGGCCGCAUCAUCGCGAUCCCCACCCAAUACCAGGGUAUCGACUCCGGCCCAGCCCCCGGCGCCGUAGCCGGAAUCAUCCUUGGCAGCGUAGCCGGUUUCCUCCUCCUGCUCUGGAUCCUCUGGAUCCUCUCCUCCGGCAGCGGUUUCAUCCGCUCCACCACCUUGCAAGAAGAUGUCGUCGUCCGGAGGAGAUCGCGCAGUCGGGGCACCACGCGGCGCAGUCAUCGCACCGAGAUGGCGAGCAGGAGUCCGAGACGGGAACGGGUGAUCCGGCAGGAGAGGAUUGUGAGGGACAACGUUCCGCCGCCGAGGGAGCCGAGUCGGAUACGCGAGACCGUCUUGGUCGAUGAGAUGCGAGCUCCGCCGACGGAGAGGAGAGUGGAGGGCGAUGAUAUCGUCGAGGUCAUUGAGGAGCAUUCCAGUAUCGGUGCGCCUCCCAGAAGGAAGAAUACUAGGAGGAGUAGUGGGUAUAGGUGA